AUGAUUCAAGAUAUCAAAGAAGAUAAGGGCGAUGUCCCUGCCGCCACCGCAGAGGACAAUCCCCAACCGAAAGCCUUCAUAGCUCUCUCUCGAGUAUUGCAAACCCUCAUUUUUUUUCAAGUGGUCGAAAGUACAUUGGUACCAAACCUAACAUUUCUAGGCAAAAAAUAUCCAAUUUUUAUGAACUACCCGAAGUUUCUUUACGUCUCACUUAUAGUGUAUUGUGUAAGCGCUUUCACUUGUUGUUUUCUGCUAUUUUUGUUCAGACCAAAAAACGACGCUGCACAGGCUUUAAAAUGCUCUGUGGUAAGAUGUUCGAAGUUGAGUUGUUCUCGUUGUGAUGCAAGAAGAGCGCAUCCAAGAUGGUUCAAAUUCAAGUAUUGGCUGUUAUUUUUGUUCAUAUAUGUUGUUUUAGUCAUUUUCGUCAUUUGCAUUCAACAGUUCUUUGCGUGGGACCAAACGAUUAACUUACCAAGACUUCUAAAAUUAUUCAGCUUACAAAUUGGUGUUAUCACAUUCAACUCGAUUAUGUGGUACUAUGUAAGACAAUACGUUUUACACAACGGUCCCCUUGAGACUAGCGAUGAUUGCGUUGACGAUGAAAAGAAACUGCUGACCAAGGGAGACAUCGUUUAA